AUUUACCAAUAAAUUCUGAUAUAGAUAUAAAGGAAUCAGAAAUUGAGACUAAUAGAUCAGAAGUUGAUAAAGAAAUAAAAUUGGAAAUCGAUAUAAUAGAAUCAGAUAUUAAGAAAUUAGUAACAAGUGAAACUAAUGAUAAAAGUUUUUAG